UCCCCAGCAAAUUAUCAGAAAUAGGUUUCUCUAGAUUGUAUAAAUCAAUGCUUUUCCGCCGAAUUGUGGAGAAAACUCGGGAGUGGACGAGAUUGUGGACCUGCCGCGAUGGGACAAACCCAUUUGUCGGAUGUGCCUGUAAUCUGCUGUUGCGUUUUUUGCACCAAUAUUUCUGAGAAAUCAUGUCUCUUGCAAAGGCCCUUGCUUCUGAAGGAUUGACUUGUCUGCAUGAUGUGGAGAGUUUGUCCUCUAGUUUCCUUCUCACCGAAAUCCCCAGUACAUGAGGGCUAAGGACAUUCACGAUGGUUUGCUUUUGGUUUGUGUGAAUUAUCUGUCAUCCGUUGUCAUCCGUUGGAGUGUUUUCGUGUGAUAUCGGGGGUUUCUCAAGCUGCCGGGUGGUCUGCAGCGGCUGGAUGGUGCGCGUAGCCUGCUGCCAUUUGAAUUGCAUGGGUGAUGGAACAUGGUGAAGCGUCUUCGAUGUGCUGGAAGAGUUCAAGCAAGAUUGUAUCUUUUGAGGAGCUCGUGAGCUAUUCGUAGCAGAAUUUAGUAAUCGGUUGGAGACAGAUCCUUUGGAGGAUGGAAGGGGCACAGGUCGUGUGGUACGGUGGCCGUGACAAAGGUCAAGAUGUUUCUGUUCGCUUGGUACACCCUGGUUCAGGUUGCGGAAAAGAUGAGCAUCACCUUGUUACGGUAGCAGAACUGAAAAUGCAUUCUAGUCACUUGAACAAGUGCAGCAAGUACUUCGAGACUCUCAUGAGCGAGAGAUGGAAAAAGCUGAGCACGCCAUCUCUGGAAUUCGUUCUGGAGGUCCAGGCGGAUACUGAGUGCUAUAAAGAUUGCUUCUCGCGGAUGUACUCACCACUCCGUAAGGGCUUCAAAAAGGAUGUCAAAUAUAGUCUUGCACUUCUCAAAGUCGCUUCGCAGAUUGAGUUCCACGACCUGAUGGUCUCUGUGUCGCAGUAUGUUUCAACGAUUAAGUGGUCUGAGGCGGAUGAAAUUAGGAUUAGAGAGUACUCGUCUUCCCCAGAUUUUCCUAGAAAUCACGCAGAAGAUUUGGUUGCCCGGUUGGGGUUGGACGUGAGCGAAGAGGAUUGUCACAAGCAAUUGUGCGACAAAAUACAUCAGUGUACUCGUGCUGCAUUGUGUCUCGACGGUACUGCUGUUUCUGCCAGUUCUCCCGCUCGCGCUUUUCUACAAGAGUUGCUGAUGGGCAUUGGAUCCAGCAUAUCUUCCGAUUUCGGGAAGACUGUGGUCAUGAUUGUUAGCAGGGAGGCAAAAGACAUGUUUGUCAAUGUUGGAAAGGAGUGUUUUGAGAAGGAUUUUCAUGAUGUUCCUAACAUAACAGAUAAGCUCUUGGCACUCAGUUGGGUACUCGAGACUCUAUUGAAAGCGGAAGUGGCCGAAGAGCUGGUUCAAUGCAUUGCGCAUUUGGACAUUUUUUCCAAAAUUUUAGGAACCCAAACUACUUUUCAGAGUAAGGCCUUCAAGAGCGCAGCAUUUGGAAUGUCGAGGCUUGUAGACUUGAUGUACUCACAGCUGGUUGCUGGACGUUUGUUAUUGAAAAUACAAGAUCGAGUGGCUCUUUUGAAGAACUGGAACUUGCUUCUCCGGACGCACAUGAAAAAGGAGGGUGUUCGUUCAACUACAAAAACUCUUUUUUCAACUUUUCCCUUAAAGCAGCAGUUGGAACUCAUUAAUUUCCAGAGAGAAACGAACGAGGAAUUUAUCGCCCCAAGUUCUUUCGCAACAUUAGUGAAGAAGAGCUGGCCAGUUAUGGGAUCGAAGCGUUCUGCAUUCCAACCUAUCGCCGAGCUCACAAACACAAGCUGCGACAGCACACCCUCGGUCACAACUAGAAGCUCCAAGAGGAACAAACCUUCUCUAUGAUAUGUCAGUAAGUCUGUGCCAACUAUGGGGAAGGAGCUCAGAAGAUUGUGUCCUCUCUUGUCCCAUAAUCUGCCAAAGUGAUGACAGGGUAUGAUCUUUUUUUGUCCUGUAGCCGCUCUCUUUCUGACCUUACAGACCUCUUCGUGUACAUUUGGAAGCUUAAAAUUUGAGAAUUUCCUUGAAAUCAAAUUCAAGAACGAAAAAAGAAGCAGAUAGGAGACUUGUACAAACAGUAGUAGCACACUAAGUCAAAGGGUGCUACAAUCAGCAGGUACAGAAAUGCACCAAUCUGUGGUUCAUUAUACAGCGAUGGGUUAAUUUUGUCUCGUUAAUAAAUGUUGGGAGGCAAAUCAGGUGCAAUCAUGAUUUUUUUUUAUAGCAUGCGUAUUUCUUUCGGACAUGUUCAAACUUAGGUUGGAGACGCAAUCCAUCAAUUGUAUAAAGCAGUAUAUCUGACUCGUUGAAGAUCAUGUACCCAAUAUGUGGAAAAUACUUCAUUUUAUUGAUAAAAGGAUUGGUGUUGUUUGUGGUU